UAAAGUACCCGCUAGAGAGCUCUCAGUGAUGUGGCUGCAAACAGUUCUACUAUUGCUUGCAUCACAAGCUCAUGGCGUUGAGGACUGCGACUAUGGAGUAUAUGGCGAGAACUGCGACAGGCCCUGCCCCUCCAACUGUGCAACUGCCCAACAGAAAAACCUCACACACUGCAAUCAGUACACUGGGGAAUGUUCUGAGGGAUGUGUUCGUGGUUACCAUGGCGACCAGUGUAAUAUAUCCUGCAGCAGAGGCUGUUUAAACGAAACCUGCAAUAUUGGAGAUGGACAUUGUACGUUAGGUUGCCAUGGGAACUACAAAGGGGAGUUCUGCAAUGUGACAUUAGAAACAGUGGUGACGACACAUACAACGUUACCAACAACAGAGGCGUCUCCCGUCGAGCCUGCAGCAGAUCUCGCAGUGAUUAUCGUUCCUAUCGUCGUCGUCAUCAUCCUCUGUCUGGUCAUAGUGGCUGUCUACAUGGUACGAAAAAGGAAGAGGAGAAGAAAAGCCAACAUUGAGAGCAGGUUUCAAGAAGAAGUUCCCUUGAUGGACAAGUUUGGGGCAGAAGCUGCCAGACCGGUGCUUGGUGUGGCUCAACAUAACCCAGAAUCAGAUCCAUUGGGGCAAAAGAUAAACAACACAAGAACCCUGUUUGUGGAAACUGAAAGCUUCAAGAAAGUGGGAGAGAUGCUGGAUACGUUCCAUCAUGUGACAAUCAGUGGAGCUCCUGGAGCAGGUAAAACAUCCAUGGCCCUGAUGUUGGGAGCUGAAUACAGGAGACAGGGGUUUGAGCUGGUACUGGUUGAGGAUCUUGAUAACGUGCAGCUAUCUGACUGGCAGGGCGAUGGCAAAGACGUAUGUCUGAUAUUUGAUGACAUAUUUCGGAUGGCCGGGCCAUAUUUGGAUGUGCUUCGUCUAACGCAUCUUCUGUAUGAGCUCCAUAUGCAUCUAACACAGUGUAAGAAUUUGCCUGAAGGGCGAUAUGAGAGUUACCAACAGGAGUCGGGAGAGAAAGGAAGGAGAGACAACCAGUCAAACAUGUAUCUCAUAUUCACCUCAGAAUCCACCAUCCUAGAACGUGCAAUGUCAAAACUGGAAGGCCAGACAUUCAGGUUUUUCAACAGUUGUACAAUAGCAGACUUGACCAAAACAAAGUCAUUGUCCUGCACAGAUGAGGAGAAGAAUAAAAUAUGGCUGAAACACAAAUCCCAUUACAAAUAUAAAGCAAAAGUCGAUGCGAUCGGACUUACUGCAAGCGAAAAACACGCUAUUGGAUUUCCUCUAGUAUGCAGGCUUUUAUCUAGUUAUGCUGCCUUUCAUGAGAAUCAUAAAAACAUCUUGGUUAAUCCUGUAUCGACACUAAAUGAUGAAUUUCAGGAGAUCAUCAGUCGGCGGGAUGACCAGUCAGCUGCUCUGAUCCUGGUGCUCCUGUGUGACGGGCAGCUGAACAUUGGUCAGUUGGAGACAGAAUCUGACCCAGGCCUAGAGACUCACCUCCAGGCAGUGCUGACUCUUGUGCCAACAUCAACCAACCAUAGUGUAGCUAAAGCUGUCAGGAGUCUUUGUGGUUCAUUGUUGACUGAAGGAAACAUAACAACAUUUUCCCAUUCUGUGAUUUAUGAUGUCUGUGUUUCAGUCUUAUACAGCACUGAACCUGAAUUUGUUCGUGAACAUUUCAGCAUCCAGUUUCUCAUGAAACAUGUGCAGGAUCCGCAAAUCGACAUGAUAAUUCCUGUCAAUGAACACCAUCUAAUCAUUCCUUUCUCAGACGCAUACAGUGGAACACUGGUGGACAGGAUGGUUCACUUUCUUGUCAAUGGUGGAGCUUUAAACAAAUACAUUAUGUACCCUAUAUGGAAAAGAACAGAAGUAGCUGACAGAUUAUCUCAAAUGAUCAACAAUACAACUUUUCUGUCAGAUUAUGCCAAGCACAACAUUUUCUGUUACGCCUGCUUCACUUGGAACAAAUCAAUUAUGAAAACGCUCCUUCCCCACUGUGACAUCAAUAGGCCUGGUUUGAAUGGCUGGACACCUGUUAUACAUGCAGUUGUCUCUGGACAGAAGGAAAGUAUAGAAUAUCUCAUGGGUCAUACAGAUGCUGCAAAACUAAGUGGCGCCAACAAAGACAGCUUGCUACAUGUAGCUAGUGAAUACAGGACAGCUUCAGUUGUAGAUUACCUGCUGAAUGACCUGAAAUGUGAUAUCUACAGUCGGGGAGCAGACGGCUGGACACCAGUCACGCGUGCAGUGUUCGCUUGGAAGAAGGAUGUAUUGGAGGUUUUUCUGAAACACAAAGGUUUACCAGCUUCCAUCAUCAAAACGGCUCUUCAUCUGGCAUGUGAGUGGGGAAAAUUUCCCCUAAUAGAAACUCUGGCUUCAUUGACAGAUGUUAAUUCUCCUGGUAAACAUGGCCAGACACCCAUAAUGUGUGCAGCAGCUUCAGGAAAGAAGGAAAUAUUCGACGUUCUUGUGUCACGGAAAGCUGACAUCAAUGUGAGAGAUGAUGACAACAACAGCCUCCUUCAUUUAGCAUGUGAGCCAGACGAUACGUCAAUUUUAAAGAAUCUACUUUCAAAGCUUGACAUCAACAUACCAGGACAACACGGCUGGACACCUGGAAUGAAGGCAGCAGUGACUGGAAGAAAGGAUGUAUAUGACCUGCUGGUGAAGGAGAAUGCAGAUCUUGAAGUGACUGAUGACCAUGGUAACAAUCUCCUCCAUCUUGCUUGCCACGGAGGAAAUGUCGCCAUUGUGAAGAACCUUCUCCCACAAUUUGAUAUCAACAGUCGUGGAGGCAAUGGGUUGACGCCGGUGAUGUAUGCGGUUGUCAAUGGACACGAGAUUCUGUUCCACUUGCUCGUGUCCGAAGGGGCGGAUCUCUCUCUAAGGGAUGACUACGACAACUCGGUAUUUCAUUUAGGAUGUCUGGGAGGAAAUAGAGCCAUAGUGAAGGAUCUACUGCAAAAGGCUGAUUUGAACAGUCAGGGAAACCUUGGGAGAACAGGUGUUAUGAAGGCGGCUUGGGCAGGCAAUGCUGAGGUUUUCAAACUUCUUGUGUCAAAGAACGCUGACCUCAAAACACUUGAUGACAACAAAGAUACAAUACUUCACCUGUCCUGCCAGGGGGGUAAAAGCUCCAUUGUGGACUAUUUAAUAGGGGAAGGUUCUGACAUAAAUUGUCGUGGAAAAUAUGGCUGGACAGCGGUGAUGAAUGCAGCCUGGUGUGGAAAGAAAGCUGCUUUUCAUCUACUGUAUUCAGGUUUCCAUGUCUGUAAACAAUGUGUACCGUGACACAGUACUUCACCUGGCGUGUGAAGGAGGAAAUAUUCCCAUUGUACAAUCACUUCUGUCAACAUUCGAUGUCAACAUUCGGGGAAAAAAUGGCCGAACUCCAGUAAUGGCUGCAGCAUGGGCUGGGAAGAAUGAAGUGAUCGACCUUCUGAUGACAAUGAAUCCUGACCUCAAACUGAUUGAUGACUACAGCAACAACAUUCUCCAUCUUGCAUGCCGGGGUGGAAAUACAUUAGUUAUUGAGUUUCUCCUGCCGCAUUUUGACAUAACCGUUCCUGGAGAAGAUGGAUUUACACCAUUAAUGAUGGCAGCUCUCAGUGGGAAGAAGGAGGCGUAUGAUCUGCAUGCAACAGGAAAGGGCGCUAAAUCAUUGCUUACCCCUAAGGGUGAUAAUGUUCUUCAUGCUGCUUGUCAAGGAGGAAAUCUAGCCAUUGUAAAGGAAGUGGUUGACAGCUUUGACAUCAACUGCAGAGGAAAGAAUGGCCAGACUCCUUUAAUGAGAGCAGUCUGCGGCGGCCACGUUGCUGUCUACAAAUACCUGGUGUCCCGUAGUGCUGACCGUGCUGACCGUACGCUGGUGGACAAAGACGGACACUCUCUUCUACAUCUUGCCAGUCGCCAUGGGCAGCUUGCUGUGUUGAAACACAUCUUUGAUGGCUUUGAUGUCAACACCCAGGACAACAUGGGCUUGACACCUGCCAUGACGGCAGUACUGUAUGGAAAAGCUGCAGUACUCAAAUACCUGAAAGAUAAAGGUACAGAUUUGUCAAUAGUUGACAACACAGGAGACGAUGUCCUUGAUCUCGCUCUUAAACUUGGGAGCAGACAAAUCAUAAAACAACUAGCCAGAAAACAUGAUAAGAAAGUGACACCAUGGAAUGAACUGAUGAAGUCUCUGGUAAGAGGGGAACUAACGUUCCUGAAGACCUACAGUCGGGGGAGUCCAGAUCUUGUCCAGAAAGACCAUUUUGGAGACACAUUACUCCACCUGGCCUGUCGCGGAGGCAACAGACACUGCGUGGAGUACCUGCUCCCGGACUAUGACAUCAAUGUCCAAGGUCGAUAUAACUGGACACCGGUGGUGAUGGCGGCUAUGUGUGGAAAUGAAGAUGUCCUCAAGCUGCUGGUGGAUCACAAAGCAGAGCUCUCUCAGGUCCCAGACACAGGAGAGGACAUCCUGACUCUAGCUCGCCGGAUGAACAAUACAGAAAUUAUCACAUACUUGGAAAAACUUGCAAGCAUGUGUACAAGCUCCUCAACUACGGACGGGACAGAUAGUGGCGGACAGAAAGCGUAACCUCACAGCAAAGAUGUCUCUAUCUUGUCUCAGACACAGAAGAGGAUAUCCUCACUCAAACUCGCCGAGGGAAUAACAAAGAAAUCAUCACGUGCUUGGAAGAAAAUGAGUGAAAUGAAAGUAUGGAACUUUCUAUCUUUUAAACAUAAAUAAUCAGCAUUGUAAAAGCUGUACCAUUACUGACAGGAAGGGUAGUAACAGACGUAAAGAAUGAAAUACUCGCCUGUGUAACAAGGUUGGCAGGUACAAAGCACAAAGCAUUUUUACGGAAGUCUUGAAAAUCCUACCCACCAAAUGUAACAUAUGUUACAAGCCACCAACUGUUUUCACUUUUCAAAUUAGGUAUCCUUAAACUAUAAAUGGACACGACAACAUCCUUGCCACAUCCAUAAGAAAAGCUAAAAGCAGACUCAACUGUACAAUUGUGACUAUGGGAUACGUAUAUACUUGUGUCAGUAGUAUUGCUGCUGUACGAUGGUCUAAACUUCGUUCUUAAUUAGGCCUUACUUUAACAAAAUAUGAAAAAUCUUAAUUGGCAGGUACAAAGCACAAACGCUUUUUCGGAAUUCUUGAAAAACCUACCCACUUCUUUUUCUUAAACUAAGAGCAUGGAACAUGUGAUUAUAAGUAAUCAGCAGUGUAAAAGCUUUACCACGGGACGGGUAGUGACGGACAGAAAGCGUAACUGAGCACAAAGUUACAUAUUUGUGCUCAAUGUUAAUAUGAAAAGAAAUUGUCCUGAAAAAAAACUAACAUCCUAUGAUCGUGCGUAAGCACACAGACAUUAUCCUUUGCGCUGUUUGGAGUGGACACAGCCUUACAGGAUGUGCGUCAAGAUGUUGCUGUAAUCAGUGAUCCACAUGUUAAGUAGCCAUUCUCCAUCCUUCACUCAUUACAUAAAUGUCAAAUUGUCGACCUUUAUUUCAGUCAACCCAUCCACAUCAUGAAUACAGACAAGCAAGAUGAAUAAUGUGUGCCUGUGAUGCAAUUGUAAAUAUGUUUCUUGAAUACUUGCUUCAACUUGUGACCCCGUGUAUUGUACAUAUGAUGAGAGUGAGUGAAGUUUAAUUUUUACGUCAUUUUUAGCAACAUUCCAUCCAUCACUAUCACGAUGGGGGACACCAGAAAUGGGCUUUACAUAUCGUAGCCAUGUGGUAAUUCCAACUUGGACCUUCUCCGUGACGAGGGAACACAAAAUACUCGAAAUGGUCAUACAAUACAGACCCGUGGGGAUCAGUAACCCACGCUUGUCGAAAGAGGUGACUAAUGGGAUCAGGUGAUCGGGCUCGCUGACUUGGUUGACACAUGUCAUUGUAUACCAACUGAGAAGAUUGCUGCUCGUGCUGUUGAUGGCUGGAUUGUCUGGUCCAAACUCUAUUAUUUAGAUACCGCUCAUAUGGCUGGAAUAUAGCUGUGUGCACCAAUUAACCAACCAAGGCAUCAUGCAAUACAUUCUUGUACAGUUUUUGCCGCUUUACAAUCGAAGAAAAGGGAGGUAGCAGUGAUAUUAAUGUAUGAUUAUGCAGUGUGAAUGUUGAUGUAUAUGUAUUCACACAGUCAGCAGAAGUCGUAUUUAUUACUUUUAUCAGUGUCAGCAGCAUACAGUCAUGUGUUUAUCAUUAAAGUUAAAGAGUGGCAAAUGAAAAUAGAUGUGGAUGAAGUGAUGACGUAUCAGAUGAAGUGACGGAAUGCGUGGAACGUAACCUGGCCGUGAUUCGUCGCAGGGUUAUUUAAGAUGUGUUUUGUGAUGGUGGUGAUUUCAGCCAGUUUGCAAGCUGGCUGACUGAUGCCUCGAAGAUUCUGCUUUGUAAUUACUAUAUCACUGUUAUGGUAGUAGUUGUGUUGAUAUGACGAAUGACUGAGACCGUUGGAACUCAUUAUACAGUCAACAGUCUAACGGUAAUGCGUCAAACAUAAAUACAUGGUCCCAGCGCAUUCCAUCAUUUCUGCGUUAUUGUUUGGUUAUACUAAACGACAGAUCAUUAUUUUAUUAGCUUCCUUGAGCCUCGACACAGCGGUGUUUAACUGUACACACAAGAAACACAAUUUGGUAUACAUUAAAAAACGUGUAACGGUUGAAGAGAGGUAAAGAACAACAUUUAUAUAAUCUUUAGGUUUUUCUUCCUAUACUCAACCCCCUGUGUGACUUUGUAUGAGUGGCAUUCUACAAGUUGGUGGUAUAGAGAUGACAAGACUUUAUUAAUGAUCAACUUCUUUAUUUUGACAAUGGCGACGGUUCGGUAUAGAUUCUUAUACCGUUGUCAAGCAUAUGGGGGUAUGGAGGAGUACACCAGUUUAUAUACAAGACAAGAUAAAGAGAUAACAACAACAAGGGUGGGGAACAAAGCAUCAAAGAAAGUUACAUGAUGAGCUACAAUAGCAGGAUGAUGAGCUACAAUAGCAGGAUGAUGAGCUACAAUAGCAGGAUGAUGAGCUACAAUAGCAGGAUGAUGAACUGAGAUAACAUGAAUGAGAUGAGUGGGAAUACCGUGACAACUAGUGACUGUAAGUUUAUUAGGCAGAAGCCAAGGUGGUGGGGGGUUAAUUAGUGGGAAACCAGUGGUGAGGGAUGUCAGAUAGACAGGUGAUGAGAAGACAGGGUGGGUCGAGUGGAUAAUUAUUUGUGGACUAGGUGGUUGUAAGCUGAUGGGAUGUAAUAGCCCUGAUCCCUGUUAAUAGAGAGGAUAAAACUGCGUAUUUGUAAUGCCUCGGUCAAUUUACGUUGAGUGUAAUCAUGUUUGUUGUUUUUAAGUGUUUUGACAGUGUCCCAGUUGAUGCUGUGUUGAGGAAAUUUGGCGAUGUGUUCCGAAAUGGCUGUUUUUUGUGUCUGCAUUGUUUGUGGAUGUUAAUCAUCCAUACAGUCUUGUCAUCCCCUGUGUGACUUGUCAUCCCCUGUGUGACAUGUGAUUUUUGUCACGUUGUGUAAAGACGGACCACGUAAAAUAAUCAGUGUGACUAUGAUCAAAGAGAGUCUUAUGCCAACCCACUACUAGACAGUUUGUUUAUGUUGGCUUGUGUUACGUAGCUACAGUGAAGCCAUAAAACCUGCUGGGGUAUCAUACCCUGUCACGUUAUCACUACGUAAAAUGAUCAGUGUGACUAUCACGGGGGACAAACAGAGUCAACCCAUCACUGAACAUUGUGUUCAUGUUGGCUAGUGUUACGUACAACCACCAGUAUUAGGCAGAUAAAGUGAAGCCAUGAAUCCUGCCUAGGUAUCAUGCAGUUAGAGUAGUACCGUUUGCCCGAUGGUAUCUUAUAAACAGUUUUAAGCAGUUCUUAGAGUAUUUUUGUUAUAAUAUGUACGUUAAAAUAGUGUUUAAAUAUAGCAUCGCAAUCAACAGGGUACACCUGUAUACAUGUGUAAACAUGAUCUCGCCGAUCUAUGGCUGAAAUAUAGCCGAGAUGAUGUUAAGUCUGUGGGAAAAGUGUAGAGGAACGAAUUUACAGUCAGUUUGGUUUGGUGCUGUUUUGCUUUUGGGGGUCACAGAUGCGUGGGUGAACAAUUCUAUUGAUUCACUGAUAUCCAGGUAAAAGGGUAAAGCACUUACUGCAAAUGUGCUGUAUGAAUUGUGUGGACGAUUCGGUUGUUGAUCAUGAAUAAACGGACUUACAUGUCAGCUGAAUGUACUAAAUGCAACAUGUAACUGAGUUUGUCACUUGAGCCUUUUCACACGUUAUAUGAAAUCACGUACUUCAGCUUAAAACUAUUAUGCAAUAAAAUACAAUUUUCUCCA